AUGUUUGCUGUCUUUGUAAAUCGUUCUUGCCAGGCGUCAUUAACGAUCGACAAGUUCGUCACCAUUUUGAAGAAACAGCUGCCUUUUAAAGGAAUAAAUUAUCGCAUAUCAUUUGUAAACAAAAAAAGGAUCUCUUGUAAUCUCGCACUCUCUCUCUCUCUUUCUCUCUGGCUCUUUUGCUCUCUCUCUCUCUCUCUCUCUUUUUUCUUUUGCUUUCUGUCUUCCGCUCUCUCUCUCUCUCUUUCAUUCUCUCUUUCUUUUCGCUCUCUCUCUUUUGCUCUCUCUCUCAUCUCUCUUUCUCUCUCUCUUUUUCUCUCUCUCUCUCUUUCAUUCUUCUUAAUUUCUCUUUCAAUCUCGUACUUUCUCUCUUCUCUCUCUCUCUCUUUCUUUCGCGCUCUCUCACUCGUACUUUCACUUUCGAUCUCUCCUUUCUUUCGCCAUUUCUCUUUUCGCUCUAUUUUCUCGCUAUUUCUCUCUAUAUAUCUAUCUAUCUUUCUUUCACUCACUCUCACACUUUCCCCCUCUUUCUAUCUUUCGCUCUCUCUUUCAUGCUUUCUCUCUCGCUCUUUUUCUCUCUCUUUUGAGCUCACUCUCUCUCAUUCUUUCACUCUCUCUCGCUCUCUCUCGCUCCCUCCUUCAAAUCUCUCUCUCACACACACACACUCUCUCUCUCUCUCUCUCUCUCUCUCUCUCUCUCUCUCUCUCUCUCUCUCUCUGCUCACCCCAACCACAAUCCAGAACCCACUCUCAGUCUCUUUGGUUAAAUUUAAGACAUUUAAACCUCCUCAUCUGCCAGGACUUGUUGUUGAUGAAGACUUAAUCUAA